AUGUCUAUUGUAUGUACCAUUUUCUUGUUUCUCUUAACCGCUUCUUCCGCGUUUGCGUCUGCGUUUCCUAAACCGUCAACCCCAAGGCAAUGGUCAACAUCAAAGACAUCAAACUCAACAUCUUCUUGCUCAGCAACUGGAAAUCCAAUCGACGAUUGCUGGAGAUGCGACCAGAAGUGGAACUCCAACCGCAAGAACCUCGCGGACUGCGCGGUUGGAUUCGGACGCGACUCAGUAGGCGGUAGAGCCGGGGAGUUCUACACCGUAACAGAUUCAGGAGACGAGGAUCCACUAAACCCAUCUCCAGGUACAUUACGUUACGCCGCAACACAAGACCAACCUUUAUGGAUCAUAUUCGAUAAAGACAUGGUAAUAACACUAAAAGAAGAUAUUCAAGUGACUUCAUACAAAACCAUAGACGGUAGAGGAAAUAACGUGCAGAUAGCUUAUGGACCGUGUUUAGCUUUGUAUAAAGUAAGUAAUAUAGUCAUACACAAUAUUUAUAUUCACCAUUGCGUUCCGGCGAAACGGUCCUUGGGAGGCUAUUCUGAUGGAGAUGGGAUCUCGAUAUUUGAGUCACGAGAUGUUUGGAUUGAUCAUUGUACGUUAGAGAAUUGUCAUGAUGGGCUUAUUGAUGCAGUGAGUGGGUCGACAGAUAUAACGAUUUCGAAUAACUACAUGUUGAACCAUAAUGAAGUCAUGCUUUUGGGUCAUAGUGAUGAGUUUGAGGGUGAUCGAGACAUGAGGGUUUCGAUCGCUUUUAACUAUUUUGGUGAAGGACUUGUCCAGCGAAUGCCCAGGUGCAGGCAUGGAUAUUUUCACAUUGUGAAUAAUAUUUAUAGAGAGUGGAAGAUGUAUGCAAUUGGUGGAAGUGCUAAUCCAACCAUCUUUAGUCAAGGGAAUGUUUUCAUAGCUUCGGAUAAUCAAUUCACAAAGGAGGUUACAAAGCGAGAGAGUGUAGAUGGAGACGAUGAAUGGAAGGAAUGGAAUUGGAAAUCAGAAGGAGAUGAAAUGCUAAACGGUGCUUACUUUACCCCGUCAGGGAAAGAGGAUUCUCCGAGCUAUACUAAAAUGUCGAGUAUGGUAGCUCGACCAGCUUCACUUCUCAAGACCACACAUCCAUCAGUAGGUGUUCUUAGCUGCCAAAUUGACCAACCUUGUUAG